GAGAGACGCAAAGUCUGAGGAGCCGAACCCGAAAAGAAGAAAGGAGAAGGGUUCCAGAAGUCAUUAUGAAUUCCGCCGAGAUAAUUAAAUCAACUCUCAGACUUUGUUCGGUCAGUCUCUCUCAGACACACACCAUUGCCUUGCUCUGUGACGGUGCAAUCGUUCAUCCGCUGCCAUUAAUAAGAUUGCCCCGGAAAAGCUACUAUUAUGUUACAUUUAUGUGCCACGUGUCAAAUUCGGACUCCUCAAACCUACAGCUUGCUUUUUCUACCUUGAUUUUAUUUAAAACCCCAUAAUUAUAAUACAGAUAUUUCCUUUCAUUUUCUGCUUACUUCUUUUUCUCUAUUGCCUUUCUUUUCAUCUGUUUCCUUUGUUCUUUUUCCUGAUUUUUUUUUUCCGUUCCGGCCAUUGGUGGGUCGCCGGUGAGACUAUGUUGUCGACGGAAAUGAAACCGGUGAAGGGGGUAGAAGAUAAACGUUAUCCUUCACCACUCUCCUCUCACGAGGAUGUUGUCAAGAAUCCGACAGUCUUUUGGGAUACCCUCCGGCGCUUUCAUUCUAACUUGGGUACCAAGUUCAUGGUUCCGACCAUUGGAGGGAAAGAGCUGGAUUUGCAUCUCUUGUAUGUAGAAGUUACCAAGAGAGGUGGUUUUCAAAAGGUUGUGAGAGAAAAGAAAUGGAGGGAUGUUAGUGCUGCUUUCAACUUCUCUCCCACCACGACGAGCGCUUCUUUUGUGCUGAGAAAGCAUUACUCCAGCCUUCUCCACUACUACGAACAAGUCUAUUUCUUUAAGUUACAGGGUCCCUUGCUCGCUCCUCCAUCGGCAGUGGCAUUGCCUGCGAAGAGCUCGCCAAGUUCAAGUAGAUCUGUACUACCUGAUUUCAUGGAAUCUGGUUCUGAAUCGAUACGGCCGCAACAACAACAACAACAGAUGUCACGGAGGACGAUAGCGAGUUCUCACCAUCUUCACGUUGGAGAGCCAUCUCAUUGUUCUGUGGUUGGAGUAAUUGAUGGGAAGUUUGAUUAUGGUUACUUGGUUACUGUGAAAAUGGGUUCGGAUAUCCUACAUGGGGUGCUUUACCACCCCCCAUCUUCAUCUCCUUCUUCGAUCCAACCUAUGAAUGCUAUUGUCCCUUGUGGCUCCCCCCCUCGCCGGAGGAAGAGACGCAGGAGGGGUGGAGACCCUAGCCACCCGAAACCCAACAGAAGUGGUUACAACUUCUUUUUUGCUGAGAAGCAUUCCAUGCUCAAAGCCCUCUACCCAACCAAGGAAAGAGAAUUCACUAAAAUGAUUGGAGAAUCUUGGAGCAAACUCAGUGAAGAAGAAAGGAUGGUUUAUCAGAACAUUGGAUUGAAAGAUAAGGAGAGAUACAGGAGGGAACUGAAGGAAUACAAGGAGAGGUUGAAGCAAUUGCAGCCUACUGAGGUCAAAAGAACUGACCUCUGAGGGAAGCCGGAAGGAAGACUAACACAACCACAAAAUUAACUGAUGCAAGCCCUUUGUGCUUCUAAGGAUUCUAUACAAAAUAUAUACAGAAAUCACUUUGGCAAAACUUGAUAGAUGUUCCAAGUCCCCUCUUAGAGUAGAGAUCCUGGAUAAAGAACAAUAUUUACCAUAUAUCUAGUUUCACUCACUCCACCCAAGUGGCUGUUUGUAGUUUAUUGACCAAGGGUAAAAAUAAUGGAGUGUCUAUAAUCACUGAUUGUUAUUCAACAUUGCGGGUAGAUGUAAAGUCGGUUCGUUUUCUUAUAAACCGUUCCCCCUUGAUAAUGAGAUCAUAAUACGCACAAUGAGGUUCCAAA